GAGUGAACGUACAAUAUAAAAGCGGAAACAGAGCUGGGAGAAGACUGCAGGAGGCUGACUGUCUGCAAGACACGCUGAACACUGACGAGACAGAACCAAGCACAAGUGGAGAGAACCACGUACAAGAAGACUAAGGACAAUGGAUUACGGGGACAUCAUGAAGGUUGAAACAACAGGUGCAGGGAAGAAAACAUCUGGACAGGACCAGCUGAGUUUCACGGGUGUGGCAGCAUCUCAUGCCAUGGCACAAACAGAUCUGUCCAAAAUGAACAAUUACAAGAUCAACAUCACCAAAGUGGGAGAGGAAACGGGACUUGAUCCUGCUAUUAUUGCUGGCAUCAUCUCCAGAGAAUCCCGGGCUGGGAAUGCACUGACGGAUGGCUGGGGAGACAAUGGUAAUGCCUGGGGCCUCAUGCAGGUUGAUAAGAGGUAUCACACGCUACAAGGUGCAUGGAACAGCGUGGAACACCUCCAUCAAGGCACGAAGAUCUUGAUUGGUUUCAUAAAUGAAAUUAAAAAAAAGUUUCCUAACUGGACUGCAGAACAACAACUCAAAGGUGGGAUAGCCUCCUACAACUUUGGCACCAAAAAUGUGCAAACCUUGGGUGGAAUGGAUAGGGGCACCAGUGGUGAUGACUAUUCCAGCGAUGUCGUGGCCAGGGCUCAGUGGUACAAAACCAACAGAGUCUUUUAGGAGCGACAACAAGGCAAUGAAGAAAGCCCUCCUCAACACUCAAUAAACAUCACGCAAAGUAAAA